AUGACUCUUGGUCAGGGUGACAACCAGGGCUUCGCCAUGAAGGCUGAGAUCCAGGACUACUCCAAGGCUCUGGAGGUCCUGGAGAAGGACUACCCUACCCGGGAUGGUCUGGACGUUGACACCUUGCUUGACUCUAACGAGCACGGUGCAUUGACCUACAAUGACUUCCUCAUCUUGCCCGGCCACAUUGGCUUCCCUGCUUCUGAUGUUACCCUUGAUACCCCCGUUACCAAGCGUAUCGCUCUGAAGGCACCCCUGGUGUCUUCUCCUAUGGACACUGUGACCGAGCACAACAUGGCCAUCCACAUGGCCCUCCUCGGUGGUCUCGGUGUUAUCCACCACAACUGCUCUGCGGAAGACCAGGCGGAGAUGGUGAGAAAGGUCAAGAGAUACGAGAACGGAUUCAUUUUGGACCCUGUCGUUCUCUCGCCCAAGGCCACUGUUGGUGAGGCCAAGGACCUCAAAUCUAAGUGGGGUUUUGGUGGCUUCCCGGUGACUGAAAACGGAACCCUUCGCUCGAAGCUCAUUGGAAUGGUUACCUCUCGUGACAUCCAAUUCCACCCCACCCUCGAUGACCCGGUUACUGCUAUCAUGGCGACUGACCUCGUCACCGCUCCCGCCGGUACUACAUUGGCCGAGGCCAACGACGUCCUCCGUUCGUCCAAGAAGGGCAAGCUGCCCAUUGUCGACGGCGAGGGCAACCUUGUCUCCCUCCUGUCUCGCAGCGACCUGAUGAAGAACCUCCACUACCCCUUGGCCUCCAAGCUUCCUCAGUCCAAGCAGCUUAUCUGUGCUGCCGCCAUUGGCACUCGUGAAGAGGACAAGACUCGCCUUAAGUUGCUUGUCGAGGCUGGUCUUGACAUUGUUAUCCUUGACUCCAGCCAGGGUAAUUCUAUCUUCCAGAUCGCGAUGAUCAAGUACAUCAAGGAGAAUUACCCCGAGAUCGACGUUAUUGGUGGUAACGUUGUCACUCGCGAGCAAGCCGCUUCUUUGAUUGCUGCCGGUGUCGAUGGCCUGAGAAUUGGUAUGGGCAGCGGCAGUGCUUGCAUUACUCAAGAAGUCAUGGCUGUCGGCCGUCCCCAGGCCAUUUCGGUCCGCAGCGUUUCUCACUUUGCUGCUCGCUUCGGUGUUCCUUGCAUUGCCGACGGUGGUGUCCAGAACGUUGGCCACAUCGUCAAGGGUCUUGCCAUGGGUGCCUCCACCGUCAUGAUGGGUGGUCUCCUUGCCGGUACCACCGAGUCUCCUGGUGAGUAUUUCGUCAGCAACGAGGGUCAGCUCGUCAAGGCCUACCGUGGUAUGGGAUCCAUCGCCGCCAUGGAGGACAAGAAGGCCGGCGCUGGCUCCAAGGACAGCAAAGCCAGCAACGCUGGUACUGCCCGUUACUUCUCUGAGAAGGACCGUGUUCUUGUUGCUCAGGGUGUCGCUGGUUCGGUUCUUGACCGCGGCUCUGUCACCAAGUUCAUUCCUUACCUCGUUACCGGUGUCCAGCACUCGCUGCAGGACAUUGGUGUGAAGAGUCUCGAGGCUCUUCACGACGGUGUCAACGACGGCACUGUCCGCUUCGAGGUUCGGAGCGCCAGCGCCCAGACCGAGGGUAACGUCCACGGUCUGCACAGCUACGACAAGAAGCUGUACUCGUAG